GUAAGAUCUGCUGCACAACCGCUAAAGAGAUGUGGGACAAGCUUGAGGUAACAUAAGAAGGUACGGACCAAGUUCGGGAAGCCAAAAUUGACUUUUUUACGCAGGAGUACGAGAUGUUCAGGAUGAAGGAAGGCGAGAAGAUCGACGACAUGUUCGAUCGCUUCUCAAAGAUCAUCAAUGAUCUUCACGCCCUCAAGAAGACAGGUAAUCUUAAAACUUAUGAAUCUACUAUUCUAACCCCGUCUUUGGAUGAACAAAAGAAGAAGGGGAUAGCGCUCAAAGCAACCAAGGAAACGGUUGAAGAGGAAUCAAGUGAUGAAGACAACGAGUUUGGCCUCAUCAUCAAGAAAUUCCACAAAUUUAUGAAGAAAGAGCACGAGUGCAAAGGAAAGAAGCACGACGGUCCCCCAAAGUGCUAUGGAUGUGGCGAGAUCGGUCACAUCAAAUCAAGAUGUUCAAAAGCCAAGAACGCCAAGGACAAACGUGGGCUCAAGAAGCAACGGGCAUACAUCUCUUGGGGAGGAGACUCCGGUGAUGAGUCAAGCGAGCAAGAGUAAGACGAAGAAGCAAACCUUUGUCUCAUGGAUCAAGAAGAAGAGGAGUCAUCCAACAACAAAAACCAAGAGGUAUGUAUUUCUUCUACCGAUUCUCUUAUUCUUUUGAAGAAAUGCAAGAAGCUCUUCAAGAGCUUUAUGACGAGUUUGUUAGCGCUUCUAAAACCAACAAAGUUUUCAAGAAACGUUUUUCUAAUCU